AUGAUGACAGCACUGGCAUAUGACGGACACUCCGCCAAACGGAUCAAAACGGCAGAUGAAGACCGCAACUUCAACCAAAACGCCAAUUACUUCGGACACUCCAACUCCAGAUACUCCAACCCUAACCGGUCAGACAUUACUGAAUUUGAUCUCAUUAUCACCACAUUUGCCAUAUUUGUCACAUUGGCCGCAGAGGUUAUGUUUAGCGAAGACGAUCGGGUGAAUCACGUGCUCCUCAUAACAGUGAUAAACCCCGCGUAUCCCAUCACUUGUGACGUAAUCAAUCAAAUCUGUAGUCCGAGUGGCAAAGUGUUGCGGAUCGUCAUCUUCAAGAAGAAUGGCGUUCAGGCGAUGGUUGAGUUUGAUUGUGUCGACUCAGCAAAGAGGGCCAAACAGGCACUCCAUGGCUGCGAUAUCUACUCCGGCUGUUGUACUCUUCGUAUUGAAUACGCGAAACCCACGCGUCUCAAUGUCUACAAGAAUGACAACGAGAGCUAUGACUACACGAACCCCACAUUAGGCAAACCAUGCGAUAGGCCGGCCCUUCUCACCGAACCUAAUGCUCAUAUGAUGGGCGGAGAUGCCCGGAGUCAGAGUUCGAUGACAGCUCCACAUCCCGGAGGGUAUGCACCUGACCAUCACGAUGGCUAUGGUCAUCACGAUGGCUACGGCCGACCCCCUCCUACGGCCGCCCAGCCCUAUAUGGGUGAUCCAUAUAUGCAACAAACAGAUCCUUAUAGAGACGGACGUCAGCCGCCAGUGUUGGCCACAACGCCUGCUCCAGGCUAUGGACCCCCGCCCGGUGCGACCCCAUUGAUAGGAGGCGGUCCUCCACCACCAGCCGGUGCCCCACAACAGGGGGCUGUUAUGAUGGUCUACGGCUUAGAUCACGAAAAGAUGAAUUGCGAACGAAUUUUCAACUUAUUUUGUUUAUUCGGAAACGUUGUUCGAGUGAAAUUCUUGAAGAGCAAAGAGGGCUGUGCUAUGGUUCAGAUGGGAGACCCGGUGGCGGUCGAGCGCUGCGUCAGUGCACUGAAUAACGUGACAUUCUUUGGCCAUAAGAUGCAAUUGAGUUACUCGAAGCAGGCCUUCCUCAACGACGUGCAGCAGCCCUUCGACCUCAUCGACACGACCCCCUCCUUCAAGGACUUCAUGGGCAACCGAAACAAUCGCUUCACUAACCCGGAGGCCGCCUCUAAAAACCGAAUCUCUCCCCCGGCAAAGGUUCUGCACUUCUUCAACGCCCCCCACGGGGUCACCGAAGACGACAUCAUGAAUAUCUUCAAAAACAACUCGACUGUCAUCCCCAGUGCUGUCAAGUUCUUUCAGUCCAAAACCGAACGAAGUUCUUCGGGACUCAUUCAGUUCGAAAGCGUCGCCGAAGCCAUGGAGGCGUUGGUUCUCUGCAAUCACGUGUCGAUUCCCAAUCCGAGUCAUGAUUUAGUGAGCGGUCGUGAGAUGUAUGGGUCGGGUGCCAGACGGGGCCCCACCGGGCGUUCCCCUUACGACACAUCCAUGAGCUUUAGGUCACCACUCAAUUUCAAUCAAAGCAACCAAUCAUUGGAUCAAUCAUUCAAUAAAUCCUAUUUCAAGUCAUUUAAUGUUUUGGGCGACACUUCCCUCAACUCAUCCCACCAUCAAUUGAGUCAAUCGGUGCUAAUCAGCCAAACCUCUCACCACACACUCAAACCCUACACAUCACUGCUACCGGUGCUCGUCAUCGAAGCCAUCUCUUCCGAU